CUUAACACGUUACGAAAGAUAAAGUCACAAAUCUGGUCUGUUCAGUGUUAUACUUAAACGAUGGACUACGUGCAGAAUUACGAGCCCGAUUCAAUUCGAAAACUGUUAAAACAACAGGUUGCAGAACAAAGUAAGGUCUGCGAUGUUACCCUUAUAUCUGGGAGAUGGACAAAACGGUAUCAUCUACAUGUUUUAAUGGAAGCCCCAUUCUUCCAGCAGGCGUUUUACAACAAUUUUCAAGAACGUAAUUUUGGUGCGGUUCAAUUGCAUAUCGGAUCUCCUAGAACAAUCGACAUGGCCAUUAUGUAUUUGUAUGGAAUUUGUCCGGAACUAAACAUGAAAAACAUCGCAAUAUUGCUAGACUUAGCUGAGUUUUUUCUACUACCAAACUUGAAAAUGCUUUGUUUUACGUGGCUUGAAAAAGUAGCAUUAUCAGAAGCGAAUGUUGUUGACAUUUUACACAUGUGCUCGAUUUACGGGUUGAACAUUCCAGAAGUAGAACUAUUCAUCGAGCAAAGAUUGUUAAAGCUUUUAAAUGGCGAUCAUUUGCUGACUCUGUCUCCGGAAUCAGUAGCGAUUUUGUUUUCUGAUCAACGACUCUCUUACGUACCGAUCGAUUUAAAGAUUAAGUUUAUAUCCCAAUGGAUACGACAAAGACAAAAUACUAGAAUGGAUCAGGUCGCCGAAUUGAUGGCUUCGAUCGACAUUCCUCGAAUGCUUCUAGAGAAAAGACAACAAUCUAAUCAUCAGGAACAUUGUCUGAUAACAUAUCAGCCAUUCACGUUUGAUUUCAAAGUGUUGGCAUAUUGUUUUAUUGACAGGCAAUGGUACAACUUACAAAUCCCUGCUAAAUUUAAAAUUACAACAGUCUGCAACAACUUACGCAUCUUUGCUGAAUUUAACAGCACAAUAUUCUGCAAAGGUAAUUCUUUUGUGGAUGGGUGCCAUUUUAUUACCUAUGACGACGCAGAGAAAAUUGUGAAAGUCCAUGACUUAGAAAGGAAUAUAACAAAACAAAUUGCAGUAGAAUACUUCAAACCACCUUUUGAGAUAAUUUAUAGUAAACUUGUGAUAAAAAAUGGCAUUUGUUAUUUAAUGCAAACAGAACACAACAACAGUCAGAACAGCAAAUCGACUCUUCUGAUGAGUCCUAUAACACACAUUUGUGAAAAAGUGCGUUUGAAUCCAGUUCUUUUCUUUAAAGGAAAAGUGUUUAAAUGGUGUGUGAAUUCGUCAAAGUUGGUUGCCAUACUGAUAAUUACCGAUGCAACUAACGACACUUGCUCUAAAAAUAUCAAAACUAAUUUACUAGUAUACGAUCAAUCCUCAUCAAGUCGUUUUGACGUUACACAUCUAUUAGAAGAUCCAUCGGAGAUGUUGGAGGUUUAUGGUAUAGAGCAAGGAUUUGCAGUCGUUGACGGCUGUCAUAUUAGCCUUAUAAGGCUUCAGCACGGUUCGAGUGCAUUGGCCCGAUUAUCUAUGAUGCAUGUUCAAGGUGAAGGGAGGUUUAGUUAUGCUUUCAUUGACAAUAAUUGUUAUCGAUUUUCAUCUACAGACCGUACACUGGAAUGGACAAACAGCAGCAAUUUACUUGAACACUACGCAAUAACAACACAAUGGGGCAUAGUCGCAAUACCAAAAGAUAUAAAAUUUGAUUUAUUUUCAUUUAAAAACAUUGCGCAUAUGAGCCUUAAAAGGACAAAGCUUAUGUGCCAUUUCAAUUGCCCACAUUGUGAGCUUAAAGAUGAGGAAGCAGAAAAAGAAUGGGGUUUAGAAGUCAAGUCGCUAGAUUUUCAGACAUGCAAGAACAGUAUCACGGAUUCCGACUCUGAUGAUUAUUUUCUAGACAAAUAUUGUAAUAACGUUUUAUAAACAUAGACCCAAUUUCAAUUACCGUAUCGAUAUGUGUUAUAUGAACAUUUGUCCCAUUUGGAGUAUUCGAAAACUAUGCAUGUUUUAUAUAACAAAUUAUAUUUGUGCACGUAUUGUUCGCUCUGGUGUAAAGCCUAUGUACAUGACGCUUGCCAAGUUUCUUAAGCAUGCUGCUAAAUGCAUAUUCGUCUAAAACGUUUAAAUUAUUCUAAAAGUAAUUGUCUAAUUUGUUGGUAAUAAUGCGUGUUAUAUCUGAAAUAAUACAAAGAUAAACAAAUGCCGCUGAUUCCUCUUGAGAAGUGUAUCCUAUAAAAAAAGGUUUCAAUUACUUCAGUUUCAGUUUGUUUGCAGUUAAUUGACUUAUAAAAAUAAUGUUCAAAAA